AUGACAAACCAAUCGAUGAGCAUAGAAGCGAACAGUGUAGGUAACACAUACAGUGAAUACAGUAUCGAAUUGAAUCGCUGGUUUCUUAAACCGAUCGGUGCUUGGCCAUAUUUCUCCACAACCACAACGCUUGAAAAGAUCGUCUCCGUGAUUCUGAUUGUCCUCUGCUACGCCAUUUUACUGUUCAGCAUAAUCCCCUGUGUGGCACACUUGAUCUUCGUAGAUGAUAUCUUGUACAAGAAAAUAAGAGCGUUUGGUACGAUGGGUCGUUGGUUGAUCGGUGGCGUCUGUUACACCAAUCUACUGUUUCAAAGGAAACGCAUUGGUGACUGCGUGGAGCACAUAGAAACCGAUUGGCGAACAGUGACGAAAGACAGCGAGCAACAAGUAAUGCUGAGGCGCGCGAAAUUUGGCCGAUACGUGUCGAGCUUAUGCGCGAUCUUCGUGCACACUGGAGCCUUGUCGUACUGUGUAGUAAGCGCGUCCACUGCGCAGACUAUUAAUAUCGGUAACGAGACCAGAACGUACCGUACGUUGCCGCUCAAAGUUUACAAUAAGAUGAUUCCAGUGGAAACCAGCCCCGCCAACGAGAUAGUCCUCGUGAUGCAGUUUCUGUCAGCUUUCGUCUCCGACUCCGGUGGCAUUGGAUUCUACGUCCUCGCGAGUGUCUUAGCUGCCCACGCUUGCGGACAGUUGGACGUGCUGGCGAUCUGGAUCAACGAGUACGUGAACGAAUCUAAGGACAAAAAGGAGGGCGCUUCUUUUAGAAAAAUCGAGAUGAUCGUGCAACAUCACCUGAGAAUAUUGGAUUUUAUAGCACGUAUAGAAGAAAUAAUGAGCUGGGUAUGCAUGACGGAGUUGUUUAGGUGCAUACUGGCCAUAUCCAUGGUUGGGUAUUUUUCUGUUAUGGUACAUAAUACGAGAUGUAUACUGAAUCUAUUUAUCGCAUGGCUAAUUAUUUUUUUGACUGACAUUGAACAAUUCGAUGUGAAGCUAUUUCUGUGGGUUGCGAUCUUGUAAGAAGGGUUUAGCUUAAAUCAGCAAAACAAUUGAAAUUCCAGUAAAAUUAGUUUAUCAGAAAAAUGUAAGAUAUGAAGAGAAACAAAUAUCUGAUUGAAACAGAUCUUUUUAUCAAAAUUUUUUAAACAACUAUUUUUGUUCUUUAUACGCACAAUUCUCUGCAUCAUAAAUAUAAAAAUAGCUUCAUGUCGCAUUAUUCGUAAGCAUUGAUAUUGGAAUCAUUGGCUUUUAUGCAAAUUUACAUUUUUGUAAGCAAAAUUGAAGACAGAUUUGUUCCUUAAAGAUUGCAUAUUUUUUACAAUUAUAUAUGUACUUUAUUUGAAUAUUUGCACACUCUCCCUUUACAUAUUCGCCAAAACUCAGCGCGGAAUCUACACUUACACUACUCUAGAGUCGUAUUUGAAUCGUUUCCAUAAUUUGACACACCAACGAUCAAUCCUGACGAAAUUCGAAGAUUUUCUCAAGAAUGUGAAACUUAUUUCUAGGAGUGGUCCGAGCACGAUGUUCGAAAUCUCGCUACAUAUUUUAUAGUAUUUGCAUCAGUGACAUUCAACACAUUUGUAUUGUGUUAUAUCGGUGAACUGCUAACAGAACAGGUAUCAGAGAAUCUUUACUACGAAGAUGUCUAUCAAACAUCACCGAGAAAUCGACGAUUAAUCGAAUGAAUUGUUCACAGUGUAUGAAAGUCGGUGAGAUAAUUUACAUGACAAACUGGUACCGUUUACCCGUAAGAAAAAUGCUCGACUUGGUUUUGAUCAUCGCACGAUCGAGCGUGGUCACUAAAAUGACUGCAGGAAAGAUAAUUCAGAUGUCUAUUUACACUUUCGGUGACGUAAGUCGCAUUAUUGCCUACAUUUAAGAAUGUUCACCACUCUCUGAAAAGUCACGAAACUUGUUAUUCCAGGUGAUGAGAUUGGCCUUCGCGUAUCUGAAUGUAUUGUUGCAGGUGGCGUGAUUAACCAGCACUUAGCGAAUUUCUUACUUGUAUACUUUUGUAGGUAAAGUUGUAG